CAAGUCCAUGUCCCACUCAUUUCCAUAAUUCAUCAUAAAUUGUGCAAGGGUGCUAUAGGACGCGCUAAACCAUAAGAGCCACAAAUCAAGAGAGCAGGUUUAUGCUUUUUACUUUCUAAAAUAGCAAAAACAACAAUAAUUGAAACAGUGAGCAAAACGGUGGAACUGUCAACAAAUGAGCUCCUAUUUUGUGAACUCAUUCUGCGGUCGCUAUCCCAAUGGCGCGGACUUCCAGUUACAUAAUUAUGGAGACCAUAAUACGGCAAAUGAGCAAUACAGAGACUCAACAGCCAUGCAUUCCAGCAGGUACGGCUAUGGCUACAACGGGAUGGACCUAACAGUCGGGCGGACUGGUAGCGGACACUUUGUGGGCAGCGAGCGGACGCCGGGCUUCUCCCCGAGUCACUCAGCGGCGACAACACCAUCUGUGGAGCCUGUCAGGUACAACCAGCCCGCGAACACCGGGAACUCGUCCCUAUCGCCUCCACCUGACCCUCUCCCGUGUUCUUCGGUCGCCAGCUCUUCCCCGGUCACUGAGGCGCAAUCUCAACACAGAGCCGUGAAAAACUCCAUAAGUAGCCCGUGCUCGAGCUCGAACGGAGGCACGCUACUGCUCAGUCGGGACUGUGUGUCCAAACCUUCCUCCUUGGAGGAAGAGAAGCCUGUGGGAAGCGCGCCGACAACUCCUCAAAAUACCAGCGACUCAACGCAGCCUCAGAUAUAUCCAUGGAUGAGAAAACUCCAUAUAAGUCAUGAUUUGUCUGGACCAGAAGGGAAAAGAGCCAGAACCGCGUACACGCGGUACCAGACCCUGGAGCUGGAAAAGGAAUUCCAUUUCAAUCGGUACCUGACCCGCAGGCGGAGGAUCGAGAUAGCCCAUGCCCUCUGCCUCUCAGAGAGACAGAUCAAAAUCUGGUUUCAGAACCGCAGAAUGAAGUGGAAGAAGGACAACAAGCUGAAAAGCAUGAGCAUGGCGGCUGCAGGAGGGGGAGCCUACAGGCCGUGAUUUUAACACCUGUACUCCUGAGCACGAUGAAAAAAUAAUAAAAGAUUAAAAAGAGAUUGUCAUAUCAACUUCUCUUCCUGCUCCAAGAAAGAAAAAAGAAAAGAAAGAAAGAAAGAAAAGAAAGAAAAAAACGCGCAGAGACUUGUUGACGGGGUGUGAGCGGGACAUCCCAACUUCUGGUGUAUCCCAACUUCUAUAUGUCCAACGACAGCCCUACUAUAUUCCUUAAUAUUAUUUCCUUUAUAUUCCUACCGUGUUGAUACGUAUGAGUAAAAAAUAAAUAAAAAAAAUAAUAAAAAAAAACAUUAUGUACAGUUCUGCUUAGAUUUUAGGAUAAAGGAGAAACACAUGGAAAUAAAUGUUUGUUUAAAUUAUUUCUUGUUCUGUCGGAAGAAAACAAAAAAAAAAGGUUAAAAUGCUACGUGUCUACUGCAAAAUAAAUCAAUAAAUUCUGUGUUAUGCACUCAACAAUAACAGAUAAUUAAAUAGAGGGUUUGUGUUUAGCCAAUGUUUUCUCUGUACGUACUGUACAUGUAUAUGUAUUUAUUUGUUUGAUGUAUUGUACUUGUCAGAAAAACUUGUUUCCAAAAGUAGAACCAGCAGAUAAGCCUUGUGUGGUUAUUGUGUGCGUUGUGAAAACAUGUAUGGACAGAGGUGCCGCCUCAUCCCUGUAUGUAUGUACAGUAACUGUUCCAUGGUUUCUUUUUUUUCUUUUUCUUUCUGAAGCUUAUGUUUGAGUUGUUAACUUGGACACAGCUUGUUAGUAAAACCGUGUUUUGUCUGUUUUUCUCUCGCUGUUUUUUUUCUUUUCUUUUUUUUGUGAAAGCUCCCGCAGUAAAAAAAAAAAAAAAAGGAAAAAAAAAGAAAGAAAAAAAUCUCUGCCCAUUGUGUAUAACUUCAUCGUGGCGAGCUUUUUUGUAAAUGUUUUUUUUCAAAGACUGGAAGACAAAAAUAUAAUAAUGAUGAUGGUCAUGGUGAUGAUGGCUAUGAUAGU